AGUAAAAAAGUUAUCACCUCCGCGGAAGAAGGACUGCCGCUCGAAAGAAAAUGGGAUUUUUUUUAUCGCAAUUCACAUGCGUUCUAAUUGGGUAAUGAGGUGAGGUGGUGCCUCAGGUAUCUAGUGGAGGAAAGGGUCAGUACGGCUCCUCAAGAUGAGUUCCCCUGGCAACCAGGAGUCCCAGCUGGGACAAGAACCGGCAGCUCAAUCAGGGGAAUCUAACAGGAGUGGUGGUCAGCCCAUAUACUCUGGUGUGUCCAGUGCUGCAUCCAUGAGGAGUGAUUGGUCAAAAGAACUCCCUCCAGACCUGGCAGAGGAGAGGAGUGAUGGUCAGCCCAUAGGCUCCGGUGUGUCCAGUGCUGCAUCCAUGAGGAGUGAUUGGUCAAAAGAGAUCCCUCCAGACCUGGCAGAGGAGAGGGAGCAAGAGAUAAGAUGUCAACAAGACACCAGUGGUCAGGAAAAGCAAGGGAGUCUUCAUCAUAUUUUUGAGGAGCUCAAGAAGAUGAUCAGCACUUUCUUAAAGAAUGAGCUUCAGAGAUUGAAGCACAGUGUUAGCCCAGACUACAAGGAAGAAUUUGAAAUGAAAGCAGAGGAUGAGAACGAUGCCAGAGAAGGAGCUCUCAAGAUGGUACUGCACUUCCUCCGUAAGAUGGAUCACCAGGAUCUUGCUGACAAAUUGAAUGAAAAUGAGAUAAAUGUAAGUUGCCAGAAUGACUUGAAAAGAAAUCUGAAGAACAAGUACCAGAAUGUGUUUGAAGGAAUAGCCAAACACGGAAAAUCUGUUCUGCUGCAAAAGAUCUACACUGACCUUUAUGUCACAAAGGGAGGAAGUGGGAAAGUGAACGAGGAGCAUGAAGUCAGACAGAUAGAGUCCAGAUGCAAGAGACCGUCCAAACAAGAGCAACCAAUCAAAUGUGCUGACAUCUUUAAAACAUUACUCGGUCAGGACAAACCAAUCAGAAGAGUUCUCACAAAGGGGGUGGCUGGAAUUGGCAAAACAAUAUCUGUGCACAAGUACAUCCUGGACUGGGCUGAGGGAAAUGACAAUAAAGAGAUCCAUUUCAUCUUCCCACUGUACUUUAGGGAGCUCAACAUCCUGAAAGACAAGGAGUUUUCUUUCAUGGAUCUUCUUCAAUACUUCUUCCCAGAGCUAAAACAGCUAUCCAUUUGCAGUCAGGGGAAAUGUAAUGUGCUUUUUGUCUUUGAUGGACUGGAUGAGUGUCGACUUCAACUCAACUUUCAGGAAAAUGAGAGUUUGACUGAUGUGAGAGUCAUCAAACCAUUGGAUGUCAUCUUGACAAAUCUCCUCAAAGGCAAUCUGUUCCCCUCUGCUCUACUGUGGAUAACCUCUCGACCAGCAGCAACCAGUAAAAUACCUCCUGAGUGCAUUGACCUGGUGACAGAAGUGCAAGGGUUCAAUGAUUUACAAAAGGAAGAGUACUUCAGAAAGAAGGUCAAUGACAAGAGUCUUGCGAUGAAAAUCAUUUCACACAUCAAAUCAUCCAGGAGCCUCCACAUUAUGUGCUACAUACCUGUGUUUUGCUGGAUUGCUGCUACUGUUCUUGAGAUGAUUUAUUCCUCAGAACACACACACAUCCCAAAGACUUUGACAGAAAUGUACACUUACUUUCUUAUUUUCCAAACCAAACAGAGCAACACCAAAUUUGACAAUGUGCAAGACUUCGACCCUCAAUGGAACCAUAAGCUGGUCCUCAAUCUUGGAAAGCUGGCCUUCGAACAGUUAGAGAAGGGCAAUCUGAUCUUUUAUGAAGAAGACAUCAGACAGUGUGGCAUUGGUGUCAAAGACGCAACUGUUUUCUCUGGGAUGUGCAACCAGAUUUUCCAAGAGGAAUCAGGGAUUUUUCUAGGGACAGUUUUCUGCUUUGUGCAUCUCAGUAUUCAGGAGUAUCUUGCCGCUCUGUAUGCAUUUCUGAUGAUGACAAAGGAAAGAAGAGACAUACUAUCCACACACCGUGCACCUCUAAUAGCAGCAUCCAUGGUCUCCUUGCAUAAGAGCGCUGUGGACAAAGCUUUGGCUUAUGAAGAUGGACGCUAUGAUCUCUUCCUCCGCUUCCUUCUUGGCCUGUCUGUGCCAUCAAAUCAGUCUUUCCUGCAUGGCCUUAUGAAGACAGAACGGAUAAACAGCUAUGUGAAGUGCAGGGACGCCACAUCAACAAUCACAAUCAACUUCUUUGACCUCUUCCUCCGCUUUAUUCUCAACCACUCUCUGGAGUCAAUCCAUACUGUCCUGCACAUCCGACUACAGACAGGACAGAAUCAGAUGGAUAAUGAUGAAUCAAUCAGAUACAUUAAGCACAAGAUCAGGGAGGCCUCUUCAUCAGAAAGGGUGAUCAACCUCUUCCACUGUCUGAAUGAGCUGAAUGACCACUCCUUAGUGGAAGAAAUCCAGAGCUUCCUGAAUGCAGAGACACUUUCUGAAGCCCAGCUCUCACCUGGCCAGUGGUCAGCUCUGGUGUUUGUGCUGCUGACAUCUGACCAGAAUCUGGAUGUGUUUGACUUGAAGAAUUUCAUCAGGUCUGAUGAAGCUCUCCUGAGGCUGAAGCCAGUAGCGGAGGAGUCCCACACAAUUCUGCUCAAUAGCUGUAGGCUCACUGAACAAAGCUGCACAACAUUAGUGUCCAUCCUUUGUAAAGAUUCAUCAAAGCUCAGAUCACUUGAUCUCAGUGACAACAGCAUUGGAGAUGUUGGAGUGAAGGAUCUUUGUAGUGGAUUGAGGCACCCAAACUGUUCACUGGAGACCCUAAGAUUGUCAGACUGCUGUGUAACAGGAGAAGGAUAUGCUGCCCUGGCAUCAGCUCUCAAAUCAAACCCCUCACACCUGGAGGAGCUGGACCUGAGAGGAAAUGACCCUGGACACUGUGAAGUGAAAUUACUCACUGAUUUGCUAGAUGAUCCUGCCUAUAAACUCCAGAGAUUGAGGCUGUUGAGUAGUGAUGCAGCAGAUGCAGCCCUUGUGUAUCUGACUUCAGUUCUGGGUGGAAACCCCUUACUGCUGACAGAACUGGACCUGAGAGGGAAGAUAGCAGGACACUCAGGAGUGAAGCAUCUCUGUCCUCUACUAGAAGAUUCACACUGCCGACUUCAGACGAUCAAUUUGCCGGGCAGUGGUGUAACAGGAGAAGGAUAUGCUGCUCUGGCUGCAGCUCUCAAAUCAAACCCUUCACACCUGGAGGAGCUGGACCUGAGAGGAAACGACCCUGGACACUCUGAAGUAAAAUUACUGACUGAGUUACUAAAGGAUCCUGCCUAUAAACUACAGAGAUUGAGGCUGUUGACUAGCGAUGCAGCAGAUACAAGCCUUCUGUAUCUGACUUCAGUUCUGGGAGGAAACCCCUUAACCCUGACAGAACUGAACCUCAGUGAGAAGAUACCAGGAGACUCAGGAGUGAAGCAGAUCUGUCCUCUACUGGGAGACUCACUAUGCAAAUUAAAAAGAGUGAACUUGUCAGACUGUGGUGUAACAGGAGAAGGAUAUGCUGCUCUGGCUGCAGCUCUCAAAUCAAACCCUUCACACCUGGAGGAGCUGGACCUGAGAGGAAACGACCCUGGACACUCUGAAGUGAAAUUACUGACUGAUUUACUAAAGGAUCCUGCCUAUAAACUACAGAGAUUGAGGCAAGACAUUUGUUCCAUGAUUCUUAAGUUAUCAGACAUGCAAAUGUUGCAGAGCUCAAUUCAAGUGAAUGGAGCACUGCUGUUGAGUAGUGAUGCAGCAGAUGAAACCCUUGUGUAUCUGACUUCAGUUCUGGGUGGAAACCCCUUACUGCUGACAGAACUGGACCUGAGAGGGAAGAUAGCAGGACACUCAGGAGUGAAGCAGCUGUGUGCUCUACUGGAAGAUUCUCACUGCAGACUUACGACAAUCAACUUGUCAGAUUGUGGUGUAACAGGAGAAGGAUAUGCUGCUCUGGCUGCAGCUCUCAAAUCAAACCCUUCACACCUGGAGGAGCUGGACCUGAGAGGAAACGACCCUGGACACUCUGAAGUGAAAUUACUCACUGAUUUACUACAGGAUCCUGCCUAUAAACUACAGAGAUUGAGGCUGUUGAGUAGUGAUGCAGCAGAUGCAGCCCUUGUGUAUCUGACUUCAGUUCUGGGUGGAAAUCCCUUACUCCUGACAGAGCUGGACCUGAGAGGGAAGAUAUCAGAAGACUCUGGAGUGAAGCAGCUCUGUCCUCUACUGGAAGAUUCACUAUGCAAAUUUCAGAAAGUGAACUUGUCAGACUGUGGUGUAACAGGAGAAGGAUAUGCGGCUCUGGCUGCAGCUCUCAAAUCAAACCCUUCACACCUGGAGGAGCUGGACCUGAGAGGAAACGACCCUGGACACCCUGAAGUGAAAUUACUGACUGAUUUACUAGAGGAUCCUGCCUGUCAACUACAGAGAUUGAGGCUGUUGGUUUGUGAUGCAGCAGAUGAAGCCCUUGUGUAUCUGACUUCAGUUCUGGGUGGAAACCCCUUACUGCUGACAGAACUGGACCUGAGAGGGAAGAUACCAGGAGACUCAGGAGUGAAGCCGUUCUCUGCUCUACUGAAAGAUUCACACUGCAGAUUUAGGACAAUGAACUUGUCAGACUGUGGUGUAACAGGAGAAGGAUAUGCUGCUCUGGCAUCAGCUCUCAAAUCAAACCCGUCACACCUGAAGGAGCUGGACCUGAGAGGAAACGACCCUGGACACCCUGACGUGAAAUUACUUACUGAUUUACUAACGGAUCCUGCCUACAAACUACAGAGAUUGAGGCUGUUGGCUAGCGAUGCAGCAGAUAAAAGCCUUGUGUAUCUGACUUCAGUUCUGGGUGGAAACCCCUUACUCCUGACAGAACUGGACCUGAGUGGGAAGAUACCAGGAGACUCAGGAGUGAAACAGUUCUGUCCUCUACUGGAGGAUUCACUAUGCCAAUUUAAAAAAGCCAACUUGUCAGACUGUGGUGUAACAGGAGAAGGAUAUGCUGCUCUGGCUGCAGCUCUCAAAUCAAACCCUUCACACCUGGAGGAGCUGGACCUGAGAGGAAACGACCCUGGACACUCUGAAGUGAAAUUACUCACUGAGUUACUAGAGGAUCCUGCGUAUGAACUCCAGAGAUUGAGGAUGUUGAGUAGUGAUGCAGCAGAUGAAGCUCUUGUGUAUCUGACUUCAGUUCUGGGUGGAAACCCCUUACUGCUGACAGAGCUGGACCUGAGAGGGAAGAUACCAGGAGACUCAGGAGUGAAGCAGCUCUGUGCUCUACUGGAAGAUUCACACUGCAGACUUACGACAAUCAAGUUAGUCUUCAUAUUUAUUUGUUCAAUAUAUGUGUGACAAGACUUGAUGUUUAGGUAUUGGUUUAUUUAUUAUGUACUGUCAGAUUCCAAAUAAUGGUCCAUUACCUUGAGGCCUCCUUCCUGAAAUUAAAGUGACACUCUGUGAUGUUUGACAUGGGACUCAAGAAAUAUGUAUAUGUUUCAUAUCUCCAGCUUGUCAGACUGUGGUGUAACAGGAGAAGGAUAUGCUGCUCUGGCAUCAGCUCUCAAAUCAAACCCUUCACACCUGGAGGAGCUGAACCUGAGAGGAAAUGAUCCUGGACACUCUGAAGUGAAAUUACUAACUGAUUUAGUAGAGGAUCCUGCCUAUACAUUCCAGAUAUUAAGGCUGUUGAGUAGUGAUGCAGCAGAUGAAGCUCUUGUGUAUCUGACUUCAGUUCUGGGUGGAAACCCCUUACUGCUGACAGAAUUGGACCUGAGAGGGAAGAUAACAGGAGACUCAGGAGUGAAGCACUUCUGUGCUCUUCUGGAGGAUUCACACUGCAGAUUUAAGAAAGUCAACUUGUCAGACUGUGGUGUAACAGGAGAAGGAUAUGCUGCUCUGGCCACAGCUCUCAAAUCAAACCCUUCACACCUGGAGGAGCUGGACCUGAGAGGAAACGACCCUGGAGACUCUGGAGUGAAGCUCCUCACUUCAGCACUGACCAAUCAGAAAUGCAAACUCAGCCCGAUGGAACUGGCUGAUUGGGAGGCUUCUAAUGAGGUGACCAGGAUGAAUAAUGGCACCACCUUUGUCAGCAGGGCGGACCACCACCGUUUUGUCGUUAUUGAGUUCUUUUAG